UACACCCUUCAAAACCUCUUCCCUUCCCUUUUCUUCCCUAUAGAUCUUGGGAUACUUCUCUCUUUCUCUCUCUCUCUCUUAAUUUUUCCCAUAGUGCUGAGGUUCUGAAGCUCUGCGGGCAUAAUCCUUCUGUUUCUUUCUAUUUUCAGGGUGGGGUUGUGUUGCCAGUGUUUAUCUUCCUGAAUUGAAGGGUUGGUUUUGGUUUUCAGAACGAAAACUGAAAGCCCUUUUGCUGGUGGAUCUCUGGAAGGUUUUUUUUUUGGUUUUCAGUUAGACAAGAGUCCCGUCUUUUUGGAUAACAGGAUCUCUAUUUUCGAGGGUUUUGAUUUCGCUCGCUUUGACAGCGCCUUAUGCUGUUGAAGUUGGCUUUUUGGUUUCAAUACCGAAAACCCUUCUGCUAAAUCUUGUUGCUGCUUUAUCUUUCUCGCAAAAAGCGAAGUUCUCCGUUGAGCUCCUGGUCGCUCUCCUCUUCUUACUAUAUUCAUAUCUACGCAAUAAGCAGUCUCUUUUCGUUAUCUUGAUGCUUAAUACCUUGUUCUUGAUGUUUCAGAUUCAUGUCUCCAAUUGUCAGUGAAAUCCUUCUCUCGGGGUUUAUGAUAAAUUCGUCACUGAGACGCAGGACCCACUUAGUUCAGUCGUUCUCGGUUGUGUUCCUUUACUGGUUCUAUGUUUUUUCAUGAACUAAUUCUCAUACUCUGAUAAUAUUAUCUAUUAUAUUAUCGUACGUAAUAGCCUGAAAUAAUUAGUAUCUGGGUCCUUCGUUUUUUGCUUCUAAAAUCUAGUCCAAUCAGAAAAUCCUUUUCUUAAAACUUUUCUCGUAUUACAAUCUCUUUGCUGUAAAUAUACCAUGGCUUCCUCAAGUGGGACUUCAUCAGGGUCUUCCACGCUUCAGAGCUCUGGUUCUGAAGAAGACCUUCAGCAGGUAAUCGAUCAAAGGAAACAGAAGAGAAUGCUAUCGAACCGGGAAUCCGCCAGGCGAUCGAGGAUGCGGAAACAAAAGCACUUGGAUGAUUUGAUGGCCCAAGUUGCUCAUCUCAGGAAGGAGAACAACCAGAUCCUUACGAGUAUCAACAUCACAACUCAGCACUACCUAACAAUUGAGGCCGAGAAUUCAGUACUGAGGGCUCAGAUGGAAGAGUUGAGUCACAGAUUACAGUCUCUCAAUGAGAUCAUUAAUUGCUUAAAUCCCGGCAAUAAUGCUUUCGAAACUGAGGAUUCUCAAAUCAAUACUGAUAGCUUCAUAAACCCGUGGAAUUUGAUGUAUCUAAAUCAACCCAUCAUGGCUUCUGCAGACAUUUUUCAGUACUGAUCUUUGUGAGCUUUAAGGCACAGAGGUCUUUUCUUACCUCUCGUCGGCCUGCGUUGAAAAAGACAAUGAGAGGGUGGUGCAGCGGAGGGAUUUGGUUAUUGGGUUCUUGGUUUGUAAAUGGGAUAAUAUAAAAACAUGGAUUCAGUGGCUAUCGCCUAUCGAUUUCUGUAGUUUGCUUCUCUAUUUAUAAUAUAGUAGUAAUAUAUUAUAUUAUUCACUUGGAACCGUUCCAUUACUGUUCA